UGGGAUAGGGGAGGGGCCUUGGACAUUGAAGUGGGUCGUGGUACUUCUAAAUACCUUUUGAGAAGACUGUUCUUGCUUGGUGCUAGGGUUAAAGCAGCACACUUUGUCUAUGGGUGACUAAAUUGAACCCCAUCUUUGAUGAAGAUCAAAACUACAAUGUAUUUUCUCUGACUUUCUCUCCAGUUAAGUAUGAAUCUGGCCUAUAGGAGGGCAUUGGGGUUAGAAAACAAACCCAGAGGACAACAUUGUCAUGCCUAGAUCUAUGAGGUUUAACAAUAACAACAGCAACAACAACAACAACAACCACAACAACAACAACAAAGACUGAGGUCUCUGGACCCAGUUGCCUGCAGGUGGGAGCUCUCCUGCCCAUUUGCAAGGGUUCCUGGUGUGUGCAUGCGUGGGUUUGGCUUGUUUGUGUAUGUUCAUGAAAUUGACAGUGUUAUAAUUUACUCAGUAAGGGCAGAAGUAUCCCCCAAGCCUAGGGUGCUAUAGCAAUGGUGAUGGUGAGGAAGACUCUGCCAGACACACUUGCCCUCACCUGGUCACAGCUCUGCCAGUCUAAACUCCAGAUCCUUCCAGCUCAAUUUCUCAUUUUUUCAGUUUAGAAAAAUCAACAGUUAGUGGGAGCUUCAGGAAGUUCACUCAGAAACCCCAGAAUCCCAUUUUGGCCCCACUGCCAGCAACCCAAGCAGGUGGAUGGGCCCAGUUAGUGAGCCUCUAGACAGAGGAUCCUUGCCUGGAGUAAGGUGUGGGUAGUGGGGUCCCCCUCACACCUCUAGGGGGGUGUCCCCUUAUUCCAGCCUCCAGGAGGUAUGGGGGAUAUGUGAGGUUGGGAGGGGCCUGCACAUCAUCUAGCUGCAACUUUUAUGGUUCCUCAUUGCCCUUCAUUCGGAAAUGAACUGCCUUUGAUCUUCUUCUCAGGUUGUAAACGGAAUUGCCCGUCAUUAAAUAUAGGGGGGGGGCAUCUGUUUGGUCUCCCAGCAUUUUUCCUCACAGCUGUUUCUCUUUUUAGCAUUCACUUUUUUCCUAAAGGACUUUUAUUACACCCCCUUCACACCCAGACACCUCUCCCUCCUCCCUUUGCUUUGGAAAAUAUCUAUAUAUGCGUUUGAUCACAAACUAAAGGCUGUGGGGGCAAGGGAGGAGCCUAUUUGGGGUUUUGUAUUUUUUUCUUUAAAAAAAAAGUCAUGGGGGGAGGGGAGGGGCCGAGGGCACCCAGAAAGGCCUGAUUCUGACUUCGAGGCAGCCUCAGGAUGACCCUUCCUUCUUUUGUGCUUAGCUAAUGUUUACAUCUAAUAAUUCAUGCGCCACCGAAAGUCGCGCGGCAGCCACGAGGUUCGAGUCCCUUUGCACAACAGCUGCCUUUUUAAAAAAAAAUCUUAUUUUAUUUUUUUGAAUAGAAAGUUGAAACCCCUUGUAAUCCCAAGAACGGACCCACAGUGACUUUUUCUGCUCCCAGAGCUCAAAAUUAAAACAAAACGAAAUAAAAAUGAAAACAUUCAGAUCACACCCAAAAGAAGAACGCACGGAAAGUAAGAGAACUGGAAAUUUCCUGGGCCAAGAAGACCUGUCUGUCUUCUGUAUAUACCCUGUAGAUCCGAAUUUGUGUAAGGAAUUUUGUGGUCACAAAUUCGUAUCUAGGGGAAUAUGUAGUUGACAUAAACACUCCGCUCAUAUUCUUUCCCAGAAGAAAAAUAGAUUAUUGUCUAAAUGAGGACAAUCCAGUGACUGCCUUCAAGAAGACUCCUUUUCUUUUCCUCCCUCAACCGAUGAGGGAGAAAUCUCAUCUACCUGAGGUGCCCCCAUGCCCACCCCUGGAAGCUUGGGUCCUUGUUCACUCAAGAGAUUAAUAUUACUGGUGUUUUAGAAUUUAUCCUUAAGCCCCAACCUACCUAUUUUUAUUCUGGGUCCAGGGGGCUUUAUUGGAAAUUAUGAGGAGGAAAAAAAGAUUGCUGAAUGCUGCAGUGUGCAAAGGCAAAGGAAAUUUGCUUUUUAAACAGAUGCGGAGAUUGCUGUUUCGUUGAAUUCAAGACAAGAUGCCCUGAAAAUAUAAGGUUGCCAUGGGUGUUCUUGUGCGUGUGAUGUUGGUGGGGGCGUCACAGCUAGGGCUCCUUUACUUAGUAUUCAAGGUUGUGAAAUUUCUUUCUGCCACACUGACAAGAGGCGGCGGCUUUAGCGGCAAUUAGAACUCUUGGUUAGCAUUGCUUCGAUGAAUCUGGAAUUAGCAAAUUACUAUUCAAUUGGUUUUAGAAACUUGCGGGUUUGGUUUGGUUUCAUUGUAUCUUCUGUCUUUAGUGGAGGGAGUCGAGCCGUUCCUCUGACCUUGGGCCUUGUGGGUUAAAGGGAGGGAGUGGUGAGGAGGACAGACUGACGGACACAGCGAUGCUCAUAGUGCAGCUAAAUGCGAUUUGGAAGGCGAAGUCUCCCCGAAUUAGUGCGUGAAUUUCCUAUCGAUCCGCUCGCGGUUCCAUUCAUCUCUGACAAGUCCCUCUGCGCACCCGCCUUCUAGCUCCCGACGCCUCCUCACUCACCUCCUACCCCUCCCCAUCUGGCUGCACUGAGAAGCCCCAAGCUCAGCGCCCCUAUGACCUAGUGGGUACCCAUUUCAAGAAGGCGCUCCCUGGUCGGCCAACCACUUAAAACCCCACACAGACAUCUAGUACGUGAGCUCCCUCUUAUCCUGGGGAGGAGAUGGGGCCCUAUGGGAGUCAGAGAACGGUUGGUGGAGGUUAGGUAGGGCAGGGGUGGGGGCUACACCCGGAGCCCCAACUUCUGAGGGAUGCAGGGAUUGUGCUCUGCCCAGCCCCCUCACCCCCAAACAGGCCCUCCAAUUAACCUGCUCACUCUUUCUUAGUUCAUCACCCCUCUCUGUUGUGGAGAAAGCCAGGCGAGGAGGGGGUCGCCCCGCGGGAGCCCUAUGUAAAUCCUGGUGUUGGGUGGGUGGGGAGGGGUAGAGAAGGGGAAAUAAACCUCUUUGGCUGGAGUAGGGUCCGGGUGAGCAGAUUUCCUUAUCCGGGAAUCGCAGGCCGAGUGGCCAUUGGCUCGGAGGAUCACGUGGGCCUCUAACUUUGUUCACUUGACAGUAAGUAGGAGGGCUUUCGGAAACAGGAAAACGAGUCAGGGGUCGGAAUAAAUUUUAGUAUAUUUUGUGGGCAAUUCCCAGAAAUUAAUGGCUAUGAGUUCCUUUUUGAUCAACUCAAACUAUGUCGACCCCAAGUUCCCUCCGUGCGAGGAGUAUUCACAGAGCGAUUACCUACCCAGCGACCACUCGCCCGGGUACUACGCCGGCGGCCAGAGGCGAGAGAGCGGCUUCCAGCCGGAGGCGGCCUUUGGGCGCCGGGCUCCGUGCACUGUGCAGCGCUACGCGGCCUGCCGAGACCCCGGGCCCCCGCCACCUCCGCCGCCCCCGCCGCCCCCGCCACCGCCCGGGCUGUCCCCUCGGGCUCCCGUGCAGCCAACAGCCGGGGCCCUCCUCCCGGAGCCCGGGCAGCGCAGCGAGGCGGUCAGCAGCAGCCCCCCGCCGCCUCCCUGCGCCCAGAACCCCCUGCAUCCCAGCCCGUCCCACUCCGCGUGCAAAGAGCCCGUCGUCUACCCCUGGAUGCGCAAAGUUCACGUGAGCACGGUAAACCCCAAUUACGCCGGCGGGGAGCCCAAGCGCUCUCGGACCGCCUACACUCGCCAGCAGGUCCUGGAACUGGAGAAGGAGUUUCACUACAAUCGCUACCUGACGCGCCGCCGGAGGGUGGAGAUUGCCCACGCGCUCUGCCUGUCCGAGCGCCAGAUCAAGAUCUGGUUCCAGAAUCGGCGCAUGAAGUGGAAAAAAGACCACAAGUUGCCCAACACCAAGAUCCGCUCGGGUGGCACCGCGGGCGCAGCCGGAGGCCCCCCUGGCCGGCCCAACGGAGGCCCCCCUGCGCUCUAGUGCCCCCCCAAGCAGGAGUUCGAACAUGGGGGGCGGGGGGGAACAGCGAGCACCGAAGGGGGUGCGGGGUAUGGGAGGGUCCCCGGGCUUGAGCCCAGAAAAAUUUAUCUACCCUACCCUCACUUUAUCUAUAAGGAAUAAACACAGAGAAGGGGGGUAGGGAAGCCUUAUUUAUAGAAAGAACAAUAGGGAACCGGGUAAAGUCCUUCGGAAACAAGAUUCGAGUCUCUUGCUUUCUUCCUAAAAAAAAAAAAAAGAAAGAGAGAGAGA